UCUCCGUCCACUGCCCAGCGGGGACGGUAACAACGAAGGCGGCAGUGUGGCCUUGCGGGCCCUGUGCACCUUGACCGAACCGGUUCCCCACCUUAGCCGGAAGGAGAUUCCUUCCCGCGCGUCCUUGUACGUUGCUCGCGCUCGGCAGCGCGGCAUCCAUUCGCCAGGCAUCCACUGGCGCAGCGAGGCACGCCUGCUGCGGGGGCGUCGCGCGGCGCAGCGAUGCAGCUGGCGGUAGCUGUUGCAACGAUCCUGGUGCUGGUCACGUGCCGCGCGACGGAGCUGGACAGCAGGCAGAUGGAGCUCCUUGACAAGGCCAACAACAGCAGGAUUGCACCCGACUUGAUCGAGGCAAUUCCGGGGGCCGUUUUCGAAGCGAGAUUCGAGGCGGGCCCGAUCGCCAUGGGAAACCGCUUCACCCCGGAGCAGGCGUCCGCCGCACCGUCGGCCAUCGAGUUCCCGAGAACCGCCGGAACAACGUACACGAUCGCCAUGCUGGACCCGGACGCGCCCAGCAUGAGCGACCCCAAGUUCGGGCCCAUCCUACACUGGCUAGUGGUCAACGUGGAGGCGGGAGACGUCAAGGAGCCCGUCAACUACACGCGGGGAAAUGAGCUGUUCAGCUACCGCGGUCCGAAGCCCCCCGCAGGAUCGGGUCCGCAUCGGUACGUUUUUCUGGCAUACGAGCAACAAAAUAUCAUCGAGUCGCCCCAGAUGGUUCCGUUCGACAAGAGGAAGAACUUCAAAAUUGCCGAGUUUACCAAAGAACACAACCUGGGUAAUCCGAUAGCGCUAAAUUACUUUCUCGCUGAGAACGCAAUAUAAGCUACUUUCUCGCAUAUAAUGCAAUAUGCAUGUAACGACACAUUGCAGUUUGCGUAGAUGUUUUGUUAAACUACGUUUUGUCAUAAAGCGUCUUUUUCAAAUAAAGUUCUUUGUAAUCACCUU